AUGGAUGAAGAUGAUCGAGCGCUUGUUCAAACUCUGCAGCAAGAUUAUGUUGCCGUUGGGGAUUAUUUGUGCAUGGAAGUUCGUGUUAGACGUGAACUUCGCAAUAUGAUUUAUCCAGAGAGUGAGAGCUCCAUUGUGGUAUCUUGGGAUGAAUUACUAAGCGGUGAUAUAUCAAGCAUCGAAAGAAACUUGUGUGAUCAUCACGUCAUUCCCCCUGAGUUCAUUCCAUCACUAGCGUCGAAUGUGGUAUCGCGUGCAAGCGAAUUGGUACAAGAUUGUCCCCUGAAUUCCAGUCAUGAAAGUCCACACAGGGUCGAUUUUGUUUUGGAUAUUACUGCUCCUGAUGAGUUAUUUAAGUUCUGGGAGUCCUGCAUGGAAGAGGAAGAAAGUGAUGAACCCCACCACAAGAGAGUGAAGGUGGAAGAAGAAGAAGAGGAAGAAAGUGAAGAACCCCACCAAAAGAAAGUGAAGGUAGAAGAAGAAGAUGCUGACACAGAAGGCUGUUGUAUUUGUCUAACAGAGUUUGAAGAGGGAGUGCAGGUUUUCCAAAUGCCUUGCAAAGCAUAUGUAUCAUGA